CUAUUGUCUUUCCAAUAUCCUUCAGUUAAAAAAGCUGAAAAGGAAAGAUAGGCUAUGACUUUGAGAUUUUCCUGUCAGGCUUCACAUGAUAUCACCUUGCUAGCAGAAAGACUGGUUCGAAACUUACUUUUAGCUGAUGCAAAUGCAGAUGUAUCCUUUGAAACAAAUUUCGCUUUGAGAGUUUUUUCAAGCUACCUCUCAAGCUCGAAUAUUGUGGAGGAUGAAAGCCUUACCUUAGGCGCUCUCGAGAGAUUUCUCGCACGUCACAAUCCCCCUCGAGAUUUAGUAAAGUUUCAAAUUCUUUUUGAAAAAUUAUGCUCGACUAAGUUUUUAGAGAAUCGCUCAUCAAUAUUAUCGCUGUUAGAAAUUCUUUCUCGUCGCGGUUCUUUAGUGGCUAAGAAGCCUAUAUUCAGAUCUUUGUUUGAUUUUGGUUCUUCAAAGACGCCUGAGGAGCUUUGCUCUAAUAGAAAUCCUUCCGGAAGUGUUCCAUCGUUUGUUCAUAUUGAGGGUGCUGGGAUUAGAGACUCCUCUUCCGAGUCAACUCAAGAAUUACCAGAACGGUUUUUAGUGCGUGAUGUGUUAUACAUACUACAGGGAAUAGACGGGAAAGAUAUAAAGUUUACCGCACGAGGCGAAGAUUCUUAUUCUCUUCACGUUUCGGAUUCUAUUCGUACACCGCUUGCCCGACUUCUUGCCCGCAUGUGUCAGUCGGGGAAGAAUUUUAAAGAACUCAAUUUCUACAUAGAUGACGUCACUCGCUGUCCGGAGGCGGGUUUGGUCGCUCAGGGCAUGUUCGCUGCGGUGAAGAGCGAGACCGCGCAGUACCACCGCCAUGUUGUUAGUCUGGAAGGCAUGCGGGGUGCGGAAGGGCAAGGGCUCUCGCUGAGACAGAUGGCUGCGUGGUUGCAGGAGCCUGCCUUCAAGCUACGCCACUUGGUGGAGUGGUGUCGCCUUUCCAGGGGGCAGCGGGGAGGAGCUCUUCUCUCGCUGCUAAGCAACUUUCUUAGUCAUGGCGAUCCGGUCGUUGUGAGUAUGGCAAAAAAUAUUCUAUUGCAAGCAGCCCGACCUUUUUAUUAUAUGAUUGGUCAGUGGAUACACGAGGGAGUUCUGGAUGACCCAUUCAACGAGUUUUUUGUGUGCGCCGACCAGAAGAUCGACUAUACGGACGAGAAAAUGUGGAACGAGAAAUACACACUUAUUAAAGAAAUGGUGCCGAGGUUUCUCGUCAGCGAAGUUGCUCUGAAGGUUCUGAGGAUUGGCAAAAUAGUGAACUUUAUCCGGAACAACUGUGGAUCCAGCGGCCAGCUGCUCGACCCUUCUGUGCGUGCCUGCAAUGCUAAAAGCCUGGAUCUCGGCUGCGAGGAAGCAUUGAGGGGUGUCCUACACCGCACCAACGCCAUUACCAGCAGACAAUUGCUUGAUUUGCUUUUCAAAAAGUUUAAACUUCUGUCCCACUUUCAGGUCCUCUACGAUUGUAUUCUUCUCGGCAGCGGCGACUUUGCUCACAAUCUAUUGGAUGUCGCCUUUGAGUUACUCGAACGUCCCGCUCAGCAUCUCUACCGUCACUCGCUGUUAAGCUGUGUUGACACAGCCUUGAGAAGCAGCGUCUGCUUGAUGGACGACAUUUCCCUCGAGUGCCUCGACGCUCUUUUGUUGCAUCCGCUAGAUGGAGCGUGCGGCUGGGACAUUUUUGUGUUGAGCUACAGAUCGCGCUGCCCGCUCAAUAUCAUUUUCACAGCCCAGCGAGUUGAGGCGUAUAACCGUAUAUUCAAAUUUUUAUGGCACUUUCGACGUCUCGAUUAUUGUCUUAAAAGUCGUUGGGCUCUAAGCAGCGUCUACAGUCGGAGGAAUGCUCACAUUGAUGGCCUUGACCCGCUCUUAAAGUUUUGCUCUCUUCAAAGGAGCGAGAUGCAGCACAUGGUUAGAGAAAUACAGUACUACGUUUCGUUUGAGGUUGUUCAGCCUGUCUGGCGCACCUUGAGCGUCACCAUUCGUAAUGCAGUUGAUCUUGACGCCAUCAUUCUUGCGCACAGCAACUUUUUAGACUCCGUGCUAAGUCGUUGCUUUUUACGGCCGGAAAGCGCCGGAAUUUUUCAACUCUUGGAAAAGAUUAGCUCACUGGUGUUGGAGUUUACUUACUUGCUCGCCUCCACUUUCAAGGCCAUCGACGAUGAGGUAAUGCGCAGGCGGAGAUUGGCAAACCAAAUCCGUAUGAAAACAUUAAAGAACGAGUGGGGGAUGACUAAACAAGACGAGCUGGAAAGCCGCGAAAUGGGUAGGAAGUUCGCCAUUAACUGCGUACAACCAUUGGAGCGCCAGUCAAAGGAAUUAGCUGUUCGUUGGAAGGCCGCAAUGGGCGCUUUAUUCAGUGAACUGGGCGCGAGUAAAGAUACAAACCUGAAAGUGCUUUCGUUUAGACUGGACUUUAACAAUUAUUACAAAAAUGAAUUUAAUUAAAAGCCUGCUUAACAGUUGACAAAUUCAACCAUUUUUAAAUAUUAAU